AUGGCGACUGCAACAAUGAUCAAGCUCCCCGUGAGUAACACCAUGGUAGUGAGCAAGAAUGUAAAAGAAGAUGCUCGAGCUACUGUGGAUGAACUGCUCCGACGGAAUCAUCUAGAGAAUCACAUAGCGUGGCACCAAGAAAGACGAAACAAUCAUGUGGUUCAUCAUAUGCUCUCCAUUUACGCCCUAGGAGCCACCUCGGAUCAGAUCCGAGAGCACUACAAGCGCGCAAUAUCAGUCGUUCCUCCUGCUCACCCAAUCGAUGCGAACUUGUCGCAAAGCCUGAUCGACCGAGAAAAAUGGAAGAUCCACAUUGGAGAUCAUCUCUAUUAUCACAGCUACCUGGCUUUCUUCGAGCGGGAGAUUGAAGCCAAAGGAUAUAUCAAUGUGAUGCUAGAGUAUCUGUUUGCGGAGGAUGAGCGUGCCGAGGACAUGCUGUGUCGACUAUUCGCUGGACUUUUGCAUCCCUGGAUACAUUUGGGAUUCGCACUCGAGUUUCAACAGCCUUCCCUAAUGGCAGAGGCGCUGGCUCAAAUUGCUACAAUUCCGACCUGGAAUUUCGAAGAAAUCCUUUUGCCUGCCGAGAAGGUGGCCGGGGAUUUUGGAUCCAAGCCUCUGAUUGAAAUCAUGGAAGAUAUGAGGAAAGACGAGAGGGUAAUGGCUGCACCUCAAUGGUCUAACUUUAACAAGCUGCUCGACGUGAUUGCCAAUGUUCCGGACGCGCUCAUGAAAUAUGCUAGCCAAUUCACAGUAACAGAGGACCAAUUGGAUGAGAAGGUGGCAGAGUUGAUGGAGACUUCUGCCUAUGUCUUCGGGGCAACGCAGAGACCUGGAAAGGUCCCCAGAAUCGAGUUCUUGCUGAUGCACUGCGUGACCUCAAAUGUAUUUCUGUCCAACGUUCUCUACCACCCAUCCAUCAGUGCUCGAGCGCGUGUUCGAAUGCUUGAAUGGAAAGGGCGUACCGACCUCAUUAUUUGGGCUUCCUGCAAAUGCCCUAGGUUGUAUCCUGCCAGGGUGAUGAAUUAUCCGGUCACUAAGAACUGGGAUGCUCUCAUCCAGUGGUCACUGAAUCACCCAGACGAGGACAGUCAUUAUAUCAAAACGUUACGUGCGCUGAUGCAAGGCCAGAAGGUUGGACGAUUGUGCCGGGACCAGGGAAAGAAACCAAAAUUGAUGGUAUCUGAUAUGACGUGGCUGCAAGUGGGCAAUAUGUUGGUUGCUGCGGGUGAAGGUGACCCCAAAUACGUGCGAUACGCUGGGUUCGACGAAGCGUGGGAUGGGGUUCAAGAUGAACGUUCAGCAGCUGAAGAGGAAGGCGCGGUCAAUGCGGAAUCUGCCAGCUCCACCCGUGCUAUUGAGCGUGGGAUGGCAUCCCUCUGA